GGGGACAGUGCUGUAAUCCAUGAGGUCGAGAAGAAGGCUUUCUGCAGUAGACAAAGAAGAGAUCAGGAGUUCCCAAGGCACCAGUGGAAAAGAAUGGGAAAUAUCUGUGGGGCAUCUAACCAAGAUGUCUGAAAUGGCAGCCCUCACCUGUUGCCCAGCUGCCGCUGCCCACUUCAACUUCUGCCAGAACCUCCUGGAGCACACUGUGUCAGCCGAGAACCUCAACUACCGCCUGCAGAGGAACUCGGGCAGCAGCCUGACGUGGCACGACGGGAGAAGCCAGAGGUCAGCCGGUGGGAGAACCGUCAAACUCCUCCAGCAGCCAGGAACAGAGGGCUCCCAGGGCCGGAACUACGACCACUAUGGGAUCUACCACACCAGCCCAACCCUAGGCAGCCUUACCAAGCCGGUGGUGCUGUGGACCCAGCAGGAUGUCUGCAAAUGCACAUCCAAGAGAAGUUUGGGUCCUGGACUGUUUUCCUUGAUGCCUCUCCUUCCUUUUCUCUUUGCCAUUCAUUUGUUAGGUCGGGCGCUGUUACGGCUGAAUGCAGAGAAGCUGCAGCGCAUGGGGAUCAUCCAUGAGUCUCAGCGGCAAGAGGUCCUCCAGCAGGUGCUGCAGCUCCAAGUGCGGGAGGAAGUCCGCAACUUACAGCUCCUCAGCCAGGCCUCCCUCUGUCUCUCACCCCACUUCAACCCUUCCCUAUUGAUCGCUUUCUUGUUCAACUCUCUUUCUUCCUCAUUUUGUCCUCCUACUCCAAUCUCUUUUCUUACCCAGCUCCAAAUUAUUGGGACUUUAGUGCAAACUUUACCGGUCCAAUUUGGGUUGAAUGCUUUGGAUAUGUCCUUUAAAGUUCACACUAAAACCUGGAGCAGAUUUGCUGCUACCGUAACAGCAUCAACGACAACCUUGGCUUUCCAUCUUUCUAAUGUUGCCAAACUGGAGAUGGCUCCUAUAUUGUAAAAGGUUUCAUAGAAGGGAAUUUCAGCUCCUGCCAAUAUUUGAUACAACCAUUAAAAGUACUGUAAGCAUUCGAUAUCUGCUGGGGUUUAGUUCCAGGAUCCCCUGUGGAUACCAACAUUGUGGAUGCUCAAAUCCCAUUAUAUACAAUGGCAUGGUAAAAUGGCACUCUUACAUAAAAUGGUGAACAAUUAAAAAAAUUCUGGAGAGAGCUUGAGGACUGUGA